AUGGACGACAAGCAGAAUGCGAACCCCACCAUCCUCAGCCUGUCGGAUCUGCCCUCCCGCCGCCGGGGAUCCAACGUCAAGCGGCGGGAUGACGGCGGCACAGGGCUGUUUGAUGGCCUGAUACCCCAGUACAGCUACCUCAAUGACCCGUUUGAGCACCCGUUGUCGUCCAGCGACUCUGACGAUGACUCGGUCGAGGACAUUGACGAGCAAGAGGUCUACGACCUGAUCUCGUCCAUCUCCGACCCUGAGCAUCCACUUUCGCUUGGUUCCCUCGCUGUGGUGAACCUGCCUGAUAUUCACAUCCAGCCCCCGAGCUCCCCCCACUCGUCUAUCAGCACCGUGGUCGUGGAGAUUACGCCCACCAUCACGCACUGCUCUCUUGCGACAGUCAUUGGGCUGGGCGUGCGCACACGCCUUGAGCAAGCGUUGCCACCGCGCUUCCGAGUCGACGUCCGUAUCAAGAAAGGUACCCACAGCACCGACGAAGCCGUCAACAAGCAGCUGGGCGACAAGGAAAGGGUGGCGGCUGCGCUAGAGAACGGGACGUUGAUGGGCGUGCUCCGAAAGAUGCUCUCUACAUGCGAGUAG